UCUAAAAAUAGAUUUUUGCACAAAAAUCAACACUGCUCAUUAAACUUAAGUAUUAUCGAGCAAAGAGGAAACAGACACUUUUAAUAUGUCAGAAUACUGGAAGUCAAACCCAAGGAAAUAUUGCGACUUUUGCAAAUGUUGGAUUGCAGAAAAUAAACCUAGUAUUGACUUUCAUGAAAAAGGAAAGAGACAUCUUGAAAAUGUAAAGAAAAAAAUUGAUACGCUGAAAAAGAAGGGUCUGAAAGAUGCGAAAGCGCAAGAUGAGCGGAGUGCUGACAUGGCAAAGAUGGAACGGGAUGCCCUUGAAGCUCUCAAACGGGAUAUCGCCAAUGAUCCAUCAAUGGCAGCGGUCUAUGGAGUCAAAAUUAAAGAGAAAGUCCACACAGUUGAGAACAGACCAGAGGGGUUUGAACAACCAGAAGAAACGGAACAAGAGAGUACGACGUCCGCUGACCCCGCCAAAAACACAACGGAUACAACGACAGCUGGGACUGAUUGGGAUGAAGCCAAGUCACCUGAUGGUUAUACAUACUAUUGGAACAAAAUAACUGGAGAAACAUCAUGGACACAACCAGAAGGAUAUGUUCCACCCUCUGAGAGGAAAGGGAAGAAGAAGAAAAAGAAGAAAGAAGCUGCUUCAACAAUAGAAGAAGAUACUGUCAAGGAGGUUACAGAAACUACAACGAAUGGAAAAUCAGAAGCUGCAGCACGGUUAGAAAGUGCACCUGAGACUCUUCAAGAAAGUGCCACAGAAAAAACCGAUCAGCUCGUACAAAGUGCUGAAGCUGUACCUGUUGCACAAAUACCGAUGCCAUGUGCCUCGAUCCCAAUGCCAAGUGAUGAGAUUCCUUUACCAAGUCCGGAGCCUGUGCAUCGUGCCCCGAGGCCAAGUCGGCCGUCUGCUUACGGGAGUUGGGAGACAGUCUCUCAAGAGGAAGAGCCAGUGAUUGACUACCAACUUCCCAAAUCCAAUUGGCAUAUACAGGAACAACAGGAGAGCAAAGACACUCCUGUGGAUACUUCUUAUACUGAACCACCAAAAAUAAAAUUCAGAGAAAAACGUGCUGCUGAGCUACCUACAAAGCAGGGACAGAAACCAGGAAUUGUGUUCAAGAAAAGAAAAAUAGGGGGUGCAGCAUCUAAUGCAAGGAAACGGGACGAUGAUUGAAGGUUGACUUAUAUUCUGGAGGACAAGGUUCCUCAAUGAAAUGUAAGAAAAUUAGGAUGAAUUCUUACAUGUACCUGGCUGUCAUUCAGUGCCCACGUAUUGACCAAAUUCCAAUUACUUUUGUAUGGUGAUGCUGUGUUUACAUAAUUGUAUUUAUUGGUAAACGUGGAAAUGAAACA